AUGAUGAGAUCGACCUGUACCUGGCGAGAAGAAUUUUCGACGUCGCGGGAUGAUAUCAAUUGGCAGGACUAUAACAAAACCUAUGUCGAAUAUCAGACCGAGCUACUGCGAGAACAGGAAGGCUCUACCGAGACUGACUAUGUCGAAGUCUUUGCGAAGGGUUUUCAUCCUGACGAUUACUUGAUACCCCAAGUUUACAGAAUAAAAGACUUCUGCAACGGUACUACGCUGAGAACAGUGCUGCAAAGCGAAGUAGCAGAGUGUACUGCCUCUACCGCCUGGCUGGACGAACAAAGCUACAAUGGAGGUGACUCACGCUCGAGAGUUCAGUACGGACCACUGACGCCACAGGGCCUCCAUGCCCGAUUGAUUCGACGCCGAUUUCGAAGUCGCAAGUUUUCUGAAAAGAGCUUAGUGGAAGUUUCGACGCCACAACCCGCGAAUCACAAAUCAUUGAAAACGCGACUGCGGCAGUGCCUUCGACAAUAUGUCCAUAGGCACAAAGCGAGUGCUCCCGAUGUCAAAUUAGUGUCACAAGGUAAAGGCUGUGUUCCCGAGGAGCCAAACGAUGGAGACGACGAGCCAGAUGCCGAAAGGCGCCUCAUCUUCAUUACAAAUAUCGACCCGCCGAUGGCGAAGGCGCUGAUAAGAACCGUGUCUUACCACCAGGCUCCAAGCCUCCAUGAUGCCCUUGACAAGCACCUUGCCGCCGAGGCGUUUAUUGGGGUGGAAUUUUCUCUGAUAGGUCUCUCACGGUUUAGAUUAUCAUUCCAUCUACCGUUCUUUUCUUUGAGGUUCCGAGACGAGAGAGAUAGUCGUACACAUGGAAAUGGAGAAUCCCUGCGGCACACUGAGGAUGUCUCAUUUCUCAACUGGCCAUCUGCGCGACCUGACUUACUGGAGUUUCUCCAUGAAGGUCAGAUAUCGUCUGUCAUUGCCGGGCCAAAUAACUUGUGUUGGGAAGCAUACUGCUUUGUCGACACCUAUUUUGAUGGCGAAGACGGGGAGUCUGUGCUUGACUAUGAACAGGAAGCGAAUAUCGGAGAACGCAUGGACCCUUUGACACGCGGCAAGCUCAAGGUGGAAUCUCCUAUCUAG